UGAGAAAUACACCAGCACUCCUUAAAAUAGCGCGGCAAACGAGGAGGAAGUUACAGGUAGUUAUGACCUUUUCCACCCCUAAACUACCCUUAUUAAGCAAAUCAAAUCAGCGACUUGGCCAGCCCAGGAGCCUCACUUGGCCUUGGGAAGUUGGGAACUCAUCAGGCGAGUUCGUCCACCAGCGGGCCGGAAAAGCGCAACUGCUGCAGCGGCAAAUCUCCCUUCAAGACGACUAUUCCAAACCCAGAGUUCAUAUGGCUGGACAAGGUUCCCAGAUGAAGAAAUACUGUGAUUGCUGCAAAAGAUAUGUGGACCAUUCCAAUGGAAAGAUGAAAUGCUUCCACAGGCAAAUGAGUGCUAAUUUUGAGCAUAGCAUGAUCAUACCAAACAAGUUCUUGGACCAAUUCGGAGGGAAAAUAUCAAGAACAGUUGAACUAGAAUCCCCCAAGGGCAACGUGUAUGUCGUCAAAGUUAGCAAGCACAUGAAUAAGACAGUCCUCCAGUGUGGAUGGGAGGCAUUUGUAGAUGCCCAUCAGAUAGAAGAGAAUGACUCCUUAUUGUUCCGUCACAUCAAGAAUUCCCGGUUGAUCCUUGAUUCUGAUGGUUGUGAGAAAGUAUUCUCCUGUUCUGGCAAAAGAAGGGCCUCUGGUGUUCAAGAAAGAAAUGCAGAUCCUAUCGAUGUUUCAAGCAGCACCCAUGAUGAUACCGUGCAAUCAUCCGGGGGUGAAAGAUUUGCUAGAAGUGAAAGUGGUAGUGACAGUCAGCAUAGUAAAACCGCGAAAUUGGCAGCGACAUGUUCAUCUGGGGGAUCAGGAGAGGAGGCCAAGGAGAGCAGCAGUUCUGAACAUGAGUCAUCCUAUGAUCUAGUUGAUCCUCAGAUAGCUCCAAUGCCUGGUUAUGUCUUGUCGCGCGGGACUAAUCUAUCUCAAGCACAUGAGGAGAAACUAGAUAUGCUUGUCCAGGAAAUUCGACCUGAAAUUCCUCUAUAUGUGACUACCAUGAAGCAUAGCAAUGUUAACUCACACCAUGCUUCCCUUGUAAUUGCUAAGCAUUAUGCAUGUGCGUACUUUCCGCAUACGAGUCAAACCAUCACACUUAAGUGGCAUGGCAAGAACAGGAAGUGGCAUCCCAAAUUUUACAUUAGGAAAGAUCAAGUUGGGUACAUCCUUCAUGGGCGUUGGAUAGACUUUGUUCGUCACAACCAUGUGAAAGAGGGAGAUAUCUGCAUCUUUCACCUAAAAAAUUUUAAUGGGAGAAAAUUCAGGGCAACAGUGCAUCUACUCCGUGAAACAAUUCCUCACUCCUUUGGUGCACUCCAUAUUCCUAAAAGGUUUGAAUCAAGGAAUGGCAGAAUGAGGCUGAAAAUGACUGAUGAUAGAAGAGUAAGCUCAACUGAAUGUAGGAGAGGGACAAUGGAACCUUCUACAACCAAUGUCAAGAAGGAAGCGGACAAUGAACAAUGCAACAAUGGUCAAGGAAAGCGUCAGGAACCUCUCAAUUUUGAUGUUUCUGUGGGGAGUUCUAAGCCUUACUUGACAGCAGACAGAGUUUCUCUGACUGAAGAACAGUUCAUGAAAGUGGAAGAGAAUGUUCACUCCAUUCAAUCUGAAGGUCCCAUUUAUGUGUCGAUAAUGAACAAGAGCAAUGUUGGUACCGAUGGGCUCUACAUCAUUACCCUUGGCAGGCAGUUUGCUAUAAGAUACCUCCCGGAAGGGGAGCAAACCUUGACGCUCCUGACGACGGGGACGGGCAAGGCAUGGCAGGUCAAGAUGCGCCCUCGGAGCGGCGACGCACGGAUGUUCACCCUCGGCUGGCGCGAUUUCGUCCGCGACAACCGUCUGCAAACUGAGGACAUCUGCCUCUUCCAGCUGACGAAGAACAGUGAGAGGGGGCUUGCCAUGAAAGUCCACAUCAUUCGUCACAACGAGAGGAGCUAGUUUCCACAGCUUCUAGUAGUAGAAGAUCAGAGAGAUGGACCUCUAGUAGCACUUUUUCAUUAGUGGUAGACUGGCAAUGAGAAGAGUUAUUAGCUUCUAUUUAGCUCUUUCUUUGUGUAGCUUUCUGCUGGAGUUGAAACCUGAAAAUUAUGGGCCUGUCUAAAUAAUGGUUAAAGGA